CCAAAAGUUUGUUGAAAUAUAGAGUUAUUAUAUUUGAAAAAGUUUUUUUUUUUUGUUAUAUAGCCUUUACCACUUAGUCUUCUUAAUAAUGAUCGUUCAAAUCUUACAAAAAAUGAAUGGAAUCUUCUUUCAAAUGUGAUUCAUGCUUAUGAUGAAGCGAAUGUAAUUCGACAAAUGAAAUAUCAACUUGAACAACAAUCAUCAUUACCACCAAAACUACGAUCAAAAGCAUCAAAAGCAAUCGAUAUUUUUAGAGUUCUUCUCUCAACAUUUCAACCAUUUAUUGAACGUUCACCAUAUUUCCAGAAUUUACCAACUGGUACGCGUCAAGCACUUGUACAAAAUAACUCUGAAAUAGCUGGUACAUUAAAUUCCGUUUUUGUUAUGCGUGAAAUAAAUGCAUUACAAAAUAUGACAUUUUUAACUAGUUGUGCUACAGUUUACGGAGAUAAAGUUAUUAAACAAUCUUUUUAUUUAACUGCACGAUUAGAACCAAAUGGAAUAUUUGUUAAAUUAAUGAUUUUAAUUAUGGCAUUUUCGACUAAUUGCUCAAUUGUCAAUUCUCAUUAUUCAAAUAAUAUAAUGACUUUAUCUAGUACACUAUCUGUAUUUCAUAUACAAAAUGUACUUGUCACGAUGUUUUGGAAAUAUUUAAAUUAUCAUUAUGGAUUCAAUGGAGCUGUACGAAGUUUUAAUUAUUUAAUAAAAUGUGUUCUUGAUAUUAUUUAUAGUGCAAAUGAAAUGAGAAAUGCACAUCAUGACAAUUUAGUCGAUACAAUUGUGGAAAAAACAAAACGUUCAUUGACAAUGAAAAACUGA